CCUGUUAGUUUGAGGUUUCAGUCGCUGUUUCCUCUCUUUUGAGAGUUACGUGCAGCUGCAGUUCUCUUCGACAGUCUUACUGUCAUGUUCUGCUACAUGAAAGUCCUCUCCACUCUUCUGUGUUUACUGUUACUUCACCGAAAUGCAAGCGCAAAUUGUUCAGCGGGUCAGAGGCUUAAUUAUAAUACAAACAAAUGUGAGAAAUGUCCAGCAAAUCAAUUCAGCCUUUCACCUGGAACAGCUAAUGUUUGCCAGAACUGCAACACAUGUAGAAGAGGUAGUAUUGAAGUCGAGGCUUGCACACCUACCAGUGACACUCAGUGCAAAUGUAAAGAAGGCUUUACACCCAUUAAUCGGUUCAGUGAAGAGAUUUGUGUGUGUGAAAAAGGUUCUGGAAUAGAUGAAAGAGGAAUAUGCAGAAAAUGUGAGCCUGGCUACUUCACAGACAAACGUGGCUCGGUUUGUAAAAGAUGGAGAGAGUGUCAAAGUGGGGUUAAAGACCCAGGCACAACCACUUCUGAUGCUAGCUGCAAAAAUGCCUCGGAAGAGGUGACUGAACCUCCCAAAGCCCAUACUACUACCACCACGACCACUUCAACAACUACAGUCUCCUCUUCCAUUAACACAAAAGAAGACAGCAUCUACGCCUUGUGGCUGGUUAUGGCAAGUGCUAGUGUUAUUCUGCUGGCUGGACUCCUGUACCGAAAGUGUAAAGUCACCUACUGUAUUCAUAACCACAAGAAAGUGGAUUUUCGAAAAGAAAGUGUAUGCAGAAAGCCUGUUGAAGAAUCUGGGGAAAAGUGCCAGUCUUUGCUCGUCUAACACAAUUGUUAACGGCCUCAGUGUUUCUUUUUAUGGAGUAUGUUUUAUGCAUGCAAUAUUAGUUGUUAUAUAACUAUUAGUUGUUAUAUAACUAUAUUCAAUUGCUGUUAACAUAAUUACAUUUCCACUUAAAGGGAUAGUUUAUACAGAUAUUUUGAAGAAUGUUGAUAACCAAACACUUGACAAUAACCACUGACUUGCAUAGUAUGAAAAUAAAAACACUGUCAGUCAUUGGCAUGUUUGAAUACCAACAUUCUUCAAAAUAUCUUCUUUCGUGUUCAACAGGAGAUUGAAACUUAUACAGUUCUGGAACAACUUGAGGGUGAUAAAUGAGUGAACUAUACCUUAUCUAAUAAUGAGUGCUUAACUAUAAUUGUCUUACAUUGUUGAAGAAACUUUUUAAAUAAUUAAUAUUGUUAAUAUUUUUAUUGUGCUUCAGUGCUGUAAGAAUAAUUAUAAAUAGUCAAAAGUAGCUUACAUCAAGGGUUGUUUAAGACCCCGUUUAUUCCUGUUUUGGCAACCGGUUUGAAACAUUCGGGGUCCAAAAUCAAUUGAGAUUCAUCCACAUGUGAAGGUGUGGAAAAAGUCUUUGCUUUCGUAGUGUAAAUGCUCAUCCAUUUGAAUUCAGAUGGCUGAUUUCAUAUAAGCCUUGAAUUGAUUUCAAUUCAUUAAUUGGAGACAGAUUUACUUCGAAUUCAGCUGAUCAGUGAAUUUGAAAUUAAAUCUUCACUUCAUUGGACUUCAGUCAACAGCUGUUGGUAGGGUGAUGGUUGCCAUAACCUUAUUAGUCUUUUCCUUGUCACCACAGUUGUUUAUCACAGACAUGCCCUGUAGUGACUCAUGCAUUCCUGAGACAAAUUACAAAUUAUCUGAGAUUUCCAUAUUUAGGUGGGCUAAGGACAAUGUCUGAGAAUCUUUCCUUUUUGUUCUUGUGUGUGUAGCCUAAUUAUAAAGAUUUAAUGUUGUUUCUGUGAAAUGGAAAUAAAUUGGUUGCAUAGACCAGUGACAUUAUUGUAGGCAGAAAUAUUUCAUGUCUGUUUCCAUUCUGUGCAAUGUGUCUGAUUAUAUGGUGUCUAAUUUACAGUUUUAAAUAAAGGACUAAAUCUAAAAUAUUGUUGAUAGUCUCUAGUAUAAAUAUCAGGUUAAUUCAUUGCUGUUGUUAUAUGUAAUAUUAUUUUUUAAUUUCUUUUUCUUUUAUUUGUAAUGAUAUUUCUUAGUUUUUUUUUUCUUCUUGUUGCAUCAACUCUUGUCUCAACGCUCUCGUCUCACAACUAAGAUUAACAUUUAAAUCAUGGAUUUUCAUCAUGUGGAUCUUUGUUUUUCGAGUGCGCUAAGCAACGUCAGAGCUGGUAUUGUCCCCUCCUACAUCUAUGUUUCUUCCGACAGUCGACAACAGCCCCUGGCUGUCUCUAGAUACGCAAAACACACUUCUGAGGUUCUGGGGAGGCGACAGCUUUCGGUUGAACUUCUUCAUAAUUUCCAUCCACGCAAAAGUACUCACGUUCCAGCCCUUGAAGCUAAAUGCCGUUGUGCACCUCCCUCUUAUGAAGCUGAAAGGUUGUUAAAAGUUUAAUUUAAAUGUUGCAUCUGUUUACUUGGUUUUGUGCUAUAGGAAAACUAGAGUUUCUCUGCAGAUAAGACUUGUGAGGACUAAUCCUUUACCAACUGCUACAAGACAAAUAUACCAAUGAUAUGUACCGAAGGUUUUUAUGAUAUUUAUUUUAUUUUUAUCAUACAAUAUCUGAUCCUGGACCACAAAACCAGUCAUAAGUAGAACAGAUAUAUUGGUUGCAAUAGCCAACAAUACAUUAUAUGGGUCUAAAAAUGAUAUUUUUUUCUUUUAUUCCAAAAAACAUUAGGAUAUUAAGUAAAGAUGCAUGUUCCAUGAAGAUAAGUUGUAAAUUUCCUACCAUACAUAUAUUAAAACUUAAUUUUUGAUUAGUAAUCUGCAUGGCUAAGGACUUAAUGUGGACAACUUCAAAGGUGAUUUUCUCAAUAUUGUUGUAUUUUUUUGCACCUUCAGAUUCCAGAUUUUCAAAUAGUGGUGUUUCGGCCAAAUAUUGUCCUAUCCUAAUAAACCAUACAUCAAUGGAAAGCUACAGUGUAACAUAUGUGAUGUAGAGAUCUCUACACAUUUUCUCUUUGUUUCAUCCACUUCGCUUCCACUUUAAAAAGUGAUGACGUCUCAUUUUGCGUCAGAGUGUGACACUUGACACAUGAAACUGUUCUGUAGAGGAUCUGAAAUGAGAAGUCAUGUUUGUUAACCACAAAAAUCCCUGACAGACCAGCUCAACGCACUAAUUUCAGAAAAAAAGAGGGUUGAGAGCAUGUGAAAUACUGCAGCUUAUAGAAAGUAAUCUUCAACAUAAAUUUCAUAGAAGUAGUAGCUAAAUGUUUCUGAUAUAUUUUAAUUUCCUCUGUUCUAUUUGAUGUACAGUAGCAGCACCCUCUGCAGGGCCACAUUGCUGCAGAUGUCAAAAACAAGAUCUGCAGACAAAUAUAAUUCACUUCCUGAUCUUGUCUGUAAGCCUGAGUUGUUGUUUUUUUUUUUUAUCUCAAAUCAAUUUUCUGCUCAUACCUCUGCGCUUUGCCAUGCUUGCAUGACCAACAGAACAUUUUUGAUGUUAUCUUGUUGCAUUAGUGGUCUGAGAGCUCUGUAAUCUUGGAACUUGUUAAUUUCCUUACCUCAUCUGUUGUUCAAGAGAAGGAACCACAUCCUUUGCCUUCUUGUCAAAGUACCUCACUGCCACGAAGAUCAGAGUUCCCCUCACGUUUUUCAGUAGAUUUCUUGUAACGGAGAGUAGGCUGAUGCAUUUAUUUGACUACAGUUGAAAAUUUGCUGAAAAUAUGCAUUUAGAGAAUCUUUAUUGACGUGCACCGUCAAACUCAAACCUUGAUUCUACACUCAAGAACUCACAGAGCCAUGCUAUGAAAUGGACAUUGUCUUUUUGAAAAGGUUUUGCAAAAUGUUAAACUUAAUAUCAGAUUGCAUUUGAAAUAUUCUGCAAUAUGAUUUACUAUAUUAUUCUAUCAAAUGAUUGAAUUUUUAUUUGAAUUAAAGUUUUUGUUUUUAUGUGACAGUUUUAGUGUGAGAUACUACAUUUCAUUUUGUUUUGUUUUUAACAGUAUUUGAAAUACAUUUUCUAUGAAUGGCUAUGUUUCGGUAUAAUGCAUAAAGUAUUUGAAUGAUGAAUUACGAUUAAUCGCAUCCAAAAUAAAUGUUUUUGCUUGCAUAAUA